UUUGUGUUGACAGCGAACGUAGGCUCAGCAAAUUUCAAUUACGAUAUGCGUCGACUUGCCGAGCUAAUUUCAUUCCCGAAACCAUGGUACCGUCGGACGAUUGUUCGACGACUCUUUUUCGGUGACCCGUCGGUCAAAACUCCGAUCUAUGAUAUCGAAGAAUCACCGGUGAUGAGUCGAGUUUCGCCAAGACCAGCUUCAGCUGAGUAUUUAUCGACACAAGAGGUGUCAAAGAAGAAGGAAUGGAGCGCAGCGGUGAUAUUUGGUGUGGAAUGGAAGGAGCUGAAUAUCAGUGCACAAAUGGCCAAUACAAUGGGCAACACUCAACUACUUGUUCGUGAGGGCAUUUUACGCGGAUACUGCCAGUUGAAUUCGAAACAAGACAGGGCAAUUUCUGUGAACUUCGGCCUAAAAUCAGCAGUACUUUCAUCACGUGGAGGUGCAAUAUCGGGUGAAAUCACAAUAGCGGCUCUACAAGUUGCCUGCAAAAAUCAGACUGCUGCUUUGAAACCGCCUCGGAAUUAUGCAAAACUGCAAGUGGACGAAAUUGAAAGUAGAAUUGAAUGGAUGAGUCGGCCAAUUUUUAUUGCAAAAUGCGAAAAGCCAUCAGUAACAUUUAAGGAUGAAUGGUUAUCAGUGCGGGAUGAUAAUGGCGAAGUACUGAAAGCCUCAGUCGCUGUAAAUCUGACAUGUGCCUGGACUGAUCUACAGCUUAUCAUAACAAAAGUGACCGUUGAUGAUAUCAUAAAAAUUGCUCAAAAACUGCAGUCCUUUUUCCAGGAGCAGCUUACAAAUAGUCGUAUGGUUUGGGGUAUCCGAAGUUCGGUUGUAGCGGCGAAAGAUUCUCCAGAAGCCGACAAGCAAUCAGUGAAAUUCACCAAAUAUCGCCACUGGCAGACAGUGCUGGACACAUUGACAGAUAUUCAAGCGCGACAGAAAUUGUUGCCGAUGCCCAGAGGAGCUGAUGGUGUGACUGUUGUUGGCGGAGUGCUGGAACUGUCCGGACAAAGCUUAUCGUUAGCUUGCAUGCAUGGAGAAAUGAAUGCUACAAGCUGGGCUUUGUUCCACAUGCGACAGCCAACAAUCAUAUUUGAACCGGAAGCACGAUACACGUUCAUCACUGACCAGCGAGAUGUUGGAGUUUUGAUUGCUCAGCGAGUCAAUAUCAGACUUGGCGAUAUGGCCUAUCAGCAUGGUGAUACGGAAUGCAUGGCUGUAGUAUGUCGUGUUCAGCAGAGCAGAGGAAGCAUGGUACGGCAGAUGAGCUCUAUAUCAGCAUGCCUGCAUCACAUCAUCGGCGAUGCACUGGUGCAACUCAAAUACAUUCCAUCAAGUUCGAGCGAGCCAGCUGCCCAUCAUUCUGUGCUGCAGCUUUUCCAGUAA